AUAUGCCAAAGAUUACACCUGGAUCUUGUUCUAACGUUUCUGCUUCUCUCUUUGUAGUGUAUGCUACCAGAUGAAGCCUGCACUUCCCUUAGUGUAGAAAACAUCCUCCUCAUGAUGAUGCGCACGAUGAAGACCAUCACCAAGCCAAUUGUGGUCGUCUCUGACAACGCGCCUGUCACUGUUAAUGUACCUGUGGAACCACCUGGUCCACCACUUCCAGGCAUUAUAUAUUUCCUGGACACCCCAACUGUGGUGGGCAUCGCUUUUGCUGCCUUUGUGAUUGGAGCCCUUCUGACUGGAGCUCUAUGGUUCAUCUACUCACAUACAGGUGGCACAGCAACAAAGCAGCAGGUGCCAAAGUCCCAGCCGGUGUCUGAGAACAGCAGCGCGGCUCACAGCAUCGGCAGCACACAGAGCACACCGUGUUCAAGCAGCAGUAAUGCAUAGAGCAGCUUGGCUGAUGAUGCUUCCAUCGGCACUGUAUGGAAGAGUCUGUGUUUCGUAGCAUAACCCGAGGCCUUAUUAUUUUCAUUAUUUGGAGCUGUUUAGGCUCAAUAUCCAAACAGCUGAAAAAAGAGGUGAGGGAAAUAACUAAAUAAUCAAGAUCCAAGAGUUUUGCCUUAUAUGGUUAAGAUCAGUGUGAAAAUAACAAAGGCUGUUUACACCAGUCAUUAUUGCAUGAAGUCAGUCUUGACGGACCGUUAUUACUCUGCGAGGUUACGCAAAGGCUCAGUCUUCACCAAAACAAAGAUCAGUGCUUUGCCUAAUCAAGCAUGCAUAUUUGAGACAUCUCUAAUAAAUAGGCCAGUAUCACUAUAAACUAUUCAUUAUCUAAUUUCUUGAAUACCCAAAUGCCAAUCAUUUAAUUCUAUGUAAUUCUGACUGGUCUUCAGGAUCCAGACGCUAUGAGUGAAGGGUGUAAAAGCCUUUGUCAGAGGCAUUUUCAAUGUAUAUUGUAAAAUAAUGUAUAUUCUGUGAAUAUUGUAUGAAAUGCAUAGAUUUAAAGUGGAAAUAACUCCAUGAAAAGCUGUAACUAAAGCCAGAUAUUUAUCAGAAGAUUAUAAACCAUUUAAAACAUAAUUUUAAAAUUAUAGAUUUAAUCAUAAAGGCAAAUAUGAAUUAAUUUACAGAUAUACAUGCACAAGCGCUUUCCCAGAAUCAGCCUUUUAAAAGAUAGUCGCAAGAUGAUAAGAAGUAGUAGUAUAGUGGUAUAAUAGUUUUUUCCACCCAAAUUCUGAUGUAUAGAUAAUUGCAGAUGAUAAGAAUAAUAAUAAGCAUUGUAUGACUAAAAAUGGACUUAUAGAUUUUAUAUGCUGGGCAUUGUUAUUCAACAUUAGUAUAAAAAGUAAUGAUUAACAAACAGCAGACUGUAAUGUUUUGAUAUAUCUAAAUGAGCGUUUGUUGAGAAGGAGUUGAUGUGCAUAGACACAAAAGAUGUACAUAAUCUAAUGCCAAAGAAUGGACAAUUACUUUCCUGUCUUUUAAUGUUACAGCAGUCACAGUGGUGUGUAUGUUUAGGUACUAACCUACCACUAAAGUGAACACAAAAUCAACAUUUCUCAAAAAAAUAAAAUAAAUAAAUAAAAACAUUAUUUCUGAAGUAAGUUCAGUUUGGGAUUUUGUGUAGAACAUGCAUACAGAUACACUUGUAAAGUGCAAGAAAUGUAUGAAUGCAAAGCCAGAGUAAUCCCACCGUCAAAACUUUACAUGAAUGUCAUAACAUUAUAAGUGCCUUACCUUUGAGUUUAUACAUUAUGAGAUAAAAUGAGACAAGAAGGGAAGUGGUGUUUGCUUAGCUCUAGGCACAGUAUAUAGCCACUGAUGUAAAAAUGGCUGCAUCUAGUCGUUUGUUUUUACUAUCUAAUGUUGCUUUUUUGUGUGUGUGUUGCUUGCUACAGACUGUACCUAUAGAAUGUACUUUAUUUUAAGCCUUAAUUCCAUUGUAAACUUGUAUAAAUGUCUCCUGUAAGAGGAAAGAGAUGAAACAUUUAUUUGUGUAUAAAGUUAUAUUUUUCUAGAGAUAUAUAUAUAGAGCCACCCUAUAAUUCUAUCUGCAUACUGUGAAUUUUUGUGGGCAUAUUUCUAUAUAAUGUCAACGUGUUUUCUCUAAAUCUAAACAUAGUCCAUAAUGCUGAAGUGAUCUGCAUUCACGGAUAUUUUCCUGACCUAAUAAUACGAUGUCUUAUUAUAGAUAUAUAUUUUUACAACUAUCUUUUAUAUGAGAACACUAUAAUAUUUGGAAUAUAAAAUAGAUUUUGAUGAUGCAAAUGUUUUUAUCUCUCUUUUAAGCUCUUCGCCAUUUAAAGAUCUGUUGGGUGUGUGUUUGGUCACACUGUAAGCUCUAUAUAUCCAUGUUUGUGGGUUUAAAUGGAUGAGUGUAUAUGCCUAGUCCUUGUCUUGUGUCUUUUGGGAAUGUUUAAAACAAUGCUGUCAUGUCUAACAGAGUUUGAAUCUCUGCUAGGUGUUAUCAAGGGUCAUUUAAUGGCUGUAGAGUUAACAAAGGCCUUAUUGGUUUUAUUUAUCAAAAGGUUUUUGUUUUUUUCCAUUCCAGUAAACACUCUGUAUCAUGAUAAACUCUUUAUUUUAAAAUUGAAGUUCAAACCACUGUGUUUGACUCCGUGGCGUGAAAUAGAUUGUGCUGUCUUUCUGUUUGUUAUCUACCUCAUUUGUGUGUAAAUGGUUUCAUUGUCUUGUCGUCAAGAAUAUUUUACUGUACAUAUUGUGUAGAGCUUGAUGUUACGUAAAAUAUAUCGCAUCAAAAGUUUUCUUUCACAGAUUUGACAGUUCACUCGGCGUCAGUCAUCAGACUUUCCGACAAAAGGGGAAAAUCUGAAAGUUGUAAAUGUGAACCUUUCAGAAUUAGACCUCAGAUUAUCCAGACCGUCUUGCUCUGAAACUAUAUACUAUUUGUGACCAUUUUUUUUGUUUAGUUCCUCCGAUGGUAUGUGAAACUACAGUCUAGUGUUUGUAAAUACAAUAUGCUGUAAAUAUGCAUGCUUUAUGUAUGCUCUGUAUAUACCAAAUAAAUUCUUGUAAUCUUU